ACGGAAUGGAGCAGAGGGAGGACAAGACAACAACAACAGCUGCUGAUGGUGGUGGUGGUGAUGUGUGGGGCGAUGACGAGCGCACACGCGGGCUGGAGGGCGCAGCAGUGAAGCGUGGAGAAGGCAACCACACGCAGGAGAAGGCAAAGCAGAGAAAGGAAGACGAUGGCCCGCGUGCUGUGAAAGUGGCGAUGGACGUGCCGCUGCCAGGACGCGGGCAGUGCGACGUGAACAUCUUCCUUGAUCGAGUUGACGCUGACAACAACAGCGGUGACGCGAGUGACGACGAGCGUGAAGAUGACAAUGAUCAUCACGAUAAUGAAGCUGGUAGUGCCGGUCAACAGAAGGAACAACAAGGAAAGCCUGUACACGCCAGCGCAGAUGAUCAUCACAGGGAAAGCUUGCAGCAAACAGAUCGGCCCUACAUCCGCGUGUGGUCCACGUUUGAUUCGGGGAACCUGCAGGCGGUGCAGGCUGUGGAAGUGCCUACCCGCGACAACGACAUGACCUUGCACUUGGAAGCUGAAGUCAGCCCCGACAUCCUUGCACGGGCCAGCCAGCGCGAGCUGAAGACAUGGUUCUACUUCAAAGUGACGCGGCUGGACCCCUCCCGUGUGCACACCCUGCGUGUGACGCUAACCAACAUGACAAAACAACUCCGCCUGUAUAACCAGGGCCUGACGCCCAUUGUCUACCGGCAACACAAGGGCCAACAAUCGGGGCGAUGGGGCCGCUACUGCAGCAGCGUGGAUGCAGAGCUGGAUGACGACGGCGACUUCUUGCUCUCGUUCACAUAUGUUGUCGACGACACGCACACACGCGACAGCAUCGUUGGCUUUGCCUUCUGCUAUCCAUUCUCCUACACCGAAUGCGAACACAUGCUCGCCUCCUAUGACAAGCGCUUCAACCACGAGGCGAGCGCUGCUGACGCCGGCGUUUACUUCCACCGUGAAGUCGUGUGCAAAUCGCGCGAUGGACGCAGCGUCCACCUUGUCACCAUCACCGCCAACGAUGACGGCCUAUCUGUGGACCAGCGUGAACCUCGCAUUCCUCCGCUCUUCCCCGAUCGAAACACGAAGCGACCGCGGGUGGCCCCAGACAGGCCGGUAUUCUUCGUGAGCGCGCGUGUGCAUCCCGGGGAGACGCCGGCCUCGCACGUGUGCAAUGGCAUCAUCGACUUUGUCCUCAACACAGAGGACGCGCGUGCGUGUGCGCUUCGCUCGAUGUUCGUCUUCAAAAUCAUUCCGAUGCUCAACCCGGACGGCGUCGCACGUGGCCACUAUCGCGGUGACAGUCACGGUCUGAACCUGAACCGUUUCUACAACAACCCCUGCCCAACAACUCACCCAUCGAUCUUUGCGAGCAAGGUGUUGACCUCGUUCUACUCACAGCAGCAAGCGGGUCUCGCAUUCUACAUCGACACACACGGCCACGCCACGAAGCGCGGGUGUUUCCUGUACGGAAACUGUCUGGAGAGUGCACGACACAUCGACAACGUCACGUAUGCGAAACUGGCAGAGCUCAACUCGCCGCACUUUGACUUUGGCUGCUGUAACUUCUCGGAGAAAAACAUGUUUUCCAAGGACAAGCGCGAUGGGCUGUCGAAGGAAGGGAGCGGGCGUGUGUCUGAGUUUCGGCAGCGGUUGGCAUAUCAGCCGGAAGUGGACGAGUCUGAAGUUGGCGAGUACCGCAUCGCGAUCCAGAUGACGAUCCUCAUGAACGCGCCAGAGAAGGAGCGUUUGUGUACGUGA